AUAAAAUGUUUGAUUGUCCUUUUGCUUGCUAGCUAGAUAUCAGUCUGAUAGCAUUGUUUGAAAAUGUCGUCAUUUGGUAUAACCAGAAGUGUCAUUCGGCAAAACCAAUAUUUUGGUUAAACCAAAUGACUUUUUUGGUGACAAAUUUUGUCCAUCUUGUAAAAAAUGACAAAGGCAGUGUUUAUUGAUUAUAAAAAUCACAUAAUUUCAUUGUUAACACUUAAUAAAACUUAAUUAUAUCUCAAUAUCUGUUUUUUUACACUGUAUUAUCACUUGGUUGCUCUCUUAUUUUUUCUUUUUUUUUUAAACAGUUAAUGUUAAUGGUCUGAUUGUAAACUCUUUGGUGGCCAUUCCAUCUCUUGGUGUUCUGGAUUCAUAACUUGGGCCUGUGAUUUUUAAAGUCUGUCCCUGCGCUGCUGAAGCAUGCGUAAUACGAUCAAGUUCACUUCGAUUCGAGUCUGAAUACAUUUUCUGGGCCAGUGCAUUGAAACCACUGCCUUGUCUCUGGCUUAGCUAAAGAGAUGGUUAAAUUUCAUUGGUGGCCAUAAUUAACUGUUCCAUCUGCAAAAUCACCAAGGGAGUAUCCUCCAUUAGUUGUCUAAACCUAAUCCGAGGCCAAAGGCUGUUUGUAAAGAAAUGUGCUGAUCUUUACUGUUAAUACAUGCAAGACUGGCAGAGUUUUGACGGCAUAUGCUGCGGUCAUUAGGAGUCAGAUCAUGAAAUUGUAGUACUAUAAUAAAGCCACAGACUUACUGCAGUGCUUACAGCAGCUUUUGCUGGGGUAAAAAAAGGUUUAGGACUUAAAAGGCACGCAAUGUGAGGCAUAUCUAAUUUUACAUGUUAAAGUGCCAUACUAAACCAGACAGGGACAGCCAGGUGCCAAAAGAGAGGAUUAUAUGGAUUAAAUAAUAUUUUUGUAUAUUUUAGCAAUUAUCUAUCUAUCUAUCUGUCUAUCUGUGUGUCUGUCUGUGAACAGAAAAACAUUCAAAAGCAUUUAGAACUUGUAAUAAAUCUCAAUUUUUGUAAUGUGUCUUUUGAAAGAUGGCUCAUCAUCGUGGGCAUUACAUUUCAUGUGGGUUCCACUUGAUGGAUGACCGUGAUGAGAAGAUGGUAAUGUCCCUCAUCAUUUUAAACUUUAUGUACCAAAGAUAUGCAGCUGGCCACUAAGAGGGUCACAGGAGAGCCCUUGGGUUAUCCCGCCAUGACAAAUGCCCCCUAAAAUAGCAAAACUAUAAUCCUACUGAGAACCCCAUAAACUUUCCAGCAGUGCUUGGUUUUAUGUAAAUUGCACUGUCCAUUUGCACUUGUUGCCAAACAGUAAAAUCUGACCCACAUGACGUACUGCUGGUGCUCUAAAUUUCAAAUGAAAUGCUCUUGCUGUGGAACAGUUUGUAAAGAGGUUUCUAUGCAACAGAGGUUGACUGCACUUGGUCUUUAGAGCUGAUUUGAUUGAAGGCCAUUUAAUUUCUUUCUUGCCAGUUCCUCUUCUCCUUGCAAAAAGCACAAGAUGAACAUGGAAGACACGCGUGAAGUCAUGUCUGGACCCGAUGCCCCUGCACAGGCCACCCAACCAUGGACGUUUUCCAAAUCAUCUUUGAUUAGAAAGCUGAGACAACACUUAACCAUUUCCCAGUCGAGACCAGCCAUGGCAACGCCGAGCUCCAGCGGACUUGAGAUUCUCCUCAGCACGUUGCAGAACGCCGGAGACAUCGAGAGCAUGCUAAACAUCCUCAAUGUCCUGGACGAACUGUUGUCAGCAGUGGCUGCUUCCUUUAGGCUCAGACAGACGGAUUCAUCAUAUGAUAUCGAAAGGAGGCAGUGAGGCUCUGCUGACGGCUCUGGUGAACUCAGCCCACAGCUUCACGCCCAACUACACCAUCCUGCUGCCGCUACUGCACCUGCUGGCUAAGGUGGGCCACCGAGAUCGUCAAAUUGGUCUGAAAGCACAGAAGGCAGAUGCCGUUUUGGUGGUUCUGGGUUUGCUAAGGCAGAAUGUGAUGAAUGCCCGGAGAGCUGCAGCCUGUCUUUGGGUCCUCAGAGUCUUCUGCUCUUCUGUGACCACGGCCGACUUGCUGGGGAAAAACCGAGGGCUGGAUGUGGUCUUCAAGCUUAUAUCUCCACACACCACCAAGCACUUACGCACCGUCAAGGCAGCCGCUGAUGCUUUUGCCGCAAUGUUACGCUCAAAGGUCAACUGUAGGACUGCCGUCACAAAAGGCUACAUCGCAGAUCUUCUGAAGGUGUACGAAGACUGGCACAACAAUGACACCAACCUUAAAAACAUUCCUAUUCGUCUAGCCCUACUGCAUUGCCUGCACCGUGCCGCCAACUCAGCUGCGGGCAGAGACGCCAUUGUCGCCGAAGGUGGCAUUAGUCUUCUCUUCCAGACCACUCAGACCUGCUUGUCCAUGAAAGGCCUUGAAUCUUUGGUGGAACCGGCAAUCCAGCUGAUGAGGAAGUGCAAUCCCAAAGUCCCUCUUCCAUUGACCUCAGAUAAGAGUGCCUACAGCUUUCCUCUUACUGGGAGGCCUGUCGAUGACUGGGAUGCUGAUUUAGGACUUUACGAUGGCAGUUUAGAAGAUGACAGUGACGAAGACACGGAGAACGAGGAGCCAGACAACAGGGACUACGAAGAUGACCUGGAAACAGAUGUGAACAAGCUGCGUCCCCGACCAGAGCCCGACAGGCCUCUAGAGCAGCUGGGCCAAUAUGUGCACCUCUGCCCUGAGCUGCACCAUGACUUCCAGGAUAUGGACUCCAGCUCAGAGGUCGAUGAAAGCUCAGAUGAUGACAACGCUCUAGAGGGGGACUUGAAUAACAAAACACCAAGUGAACAAGGAAGCUCCCCAUCGCUCUCCAACCAAGAAGAAAACCAACUCCAGACAAGCGACUUCCAUAAACAUUACCUUAGCUGCUCCAGGAAAGGCCAAGAAGGCCACUCCAGCAUGGUGGACAGGCUUCUGGAGAAGUACGGGACUUGUAUUCCCAACCAUGAUCCACGUCUCUACACUGCCACUGCAGCCAAUACCAAGUCUAUUGCUGGAUACUCCAUCCUAGCCUUCCCUGACUUCUGGGGACAUCUGCCUCCACAAGAGCAAGAGCCCAUGGCUAAAAGACCACCACAUGUGCAGAGGAAGAAAGUUUUCGAAGACAUCCAGCGUCUCGUCUGUCCAGAGGACAUCAUCAACAAGGUUGUUUUUGACAUGGACGAUCCCAGUCCACAGUGUUCCCCCGAUAUGUAUCCCAGUUCCCUUCGAUUCUUCUCCAAAUUUGAGAGUGGGAACCUGCGAAAAGCCAUUCAAGUCCGCAGUCAUGAAUAUGAUUUGAUUCUUAAUGCUGAUGUCAGCUCCUCUGCACACUAUCAAUGGUUCUAUUUUGAAGUCAGUGGCAUGGUGGCCGGUGUGCCUUAUCGUUUCAACGUCAUCAAUUGUGAGAAAGGAAACAGCCAGUAUAACUACGGCAUGCAGCCUGUGCUGUACUCUGUGAGAGAGGCUCUAGAGGGAAGACCACACUGGGUGCGAACAGGCUCUGAAAUCUGCUAUUACAGAAAUCAUUUCUAUCCUAGAAGAGGUCAAAAAUGUUCUUUCUACACCCUGACCUUCACAGUGACCUUUCACCAUGAUGAUGACGUGUGCUACUUGGCCUACCACUACCCGUACACGUACACCACCCUUCAGACUCAUCUGAAGAUGUUGGAGAAGUCAGUCGACCCACGGAAAGUUUUCUUCAGGCAACAAAACCUCUGCGACACGCUGGCGGGGAACUCCUGCUCCUUAGUCACGAUCACAGCCUGCCCCACUUCCAGAGCCUGGAAACAUCUGCACCAGCUGCGUAACCGGCCAUGUGUGGUGCUGACAGCAAGAGUUCAUCCAGGAGAGAGCAAUGCCAGCUGGGUACUGAAGGGCACACUGGAGUUCCUGUGCAGCAGUGAUCCUGUAGCCGAGAGCUUGAGAGAGGCCUACAUCUUCAAAAUCAUCCCCAUGCUCAACCCUGACGGGGUCAUUAAUGGCAAUAAUCGCUGUUCUCUCACCGCUGAGGACCUCAACAGACAGUGGCUGAAACCAGACCCUAAUUUAAGCCCCACAAUUUACCACACCAAAGGCUUCCUCUAUUACCUCAACAGCAUAGGCAGGACUCCGCUGGUGUUUUGCGAUUACCACGGUCACUCCAGGAAGAAGAAUGUGUUUCUGUACGGCUGCAGUAUGAAGGAAACCCUGUGGCAGUCUGGAUCUCCCAUUAACACGGUCUCCCUGAAAGAAGACCCGGGAUACAGGACCAUCGCAAAAACUCUGGACAGAAUCGCACCUGCGUUCUCCUUCAACAGCUGCAACUAUCUGGUGGAGAAGUCUCGGGCGUCCACAGCACGGGUGGUCGUUUGGAGGGAGAUCGGUGUUCUCCGAAGCUACACCAUGGAAAGCACUUACAAUGGCUGUAAUCAGGGCAUCUACAAGGGCUUGCAGACAGGGACGCGGGAGCUGGAGGAGAUGGGAAUGAAGUUCAGCCAGAGUCUUCUCACCCUCAGGAGGAACUCCAUCCAUUAUAACAGCCGUCUGAUCCAGCACGCGCCUGCCCUGCUGGACCUGGACGACAGGCUGCUCGACCACAAAUCCAAUAAUUGUUUCGAGGACGACGAGCCGCCUUGCAUGGAGGAGAUCGAAUAUUCAUCCUGCAGUGACCCGUUUGGUGCCAACGAACUGGACAUGGAGGUGAACGGCAACACGUCCAGUGCGGAAGAGGAUGAAGAUGACGUGGAAGUCUGCAAGAAUGGGAGGCGGUGUAACGACAGGAAGUCCCGCCUUGUUCCUCACUACCUGCAGCAGGACGCCCUGGAGACUCUAACAAUCAAGAGUGGACAGUGUAACGGCAUUGACAUCAGUAACGGCUACUUGUGUUAGGCCUCUUGUUUGUCUUUUCUGGGUUUUUUGUUUUUUAUGUUUUAUAUCAGCUUAUCAUAAGGGUGAAACAGAAAUAUUUAGCAUUCAGUCUUGAGUCUAAGAAAUGAAAUAAGACGUGCACACCUGCAAAACAUUUGCUAGUACACCCAAUGGAUGAGAUUCCACCUGUGCUUCCUGAUAUAAAAUAUAUGAAUAUGUAUUUCAUCUCUUGAAGAGUAAUUCACUGUUGCAUAAUCAUAAUGGCGUGAUGAACUCAUUGGUGUUUUGGCGCUUUGCGGUGAAUCAUUUGCAGGUGUUGUGGGUUUGUUUACGAUUGCUCUUACUGUAAACUAGAAGCCGGUAGCUAGCUGACAAAAGUAUAACUGGUCUUCCGCUGAAACUCAUAAGUAAACAUUUGAUAUUGUAAGAUAGCAUUGCAUAUAAAGUUAAAGUUUACUUUUAUUAAUGUUUAUUUAUUAUCAUAGAUUUUGGAGAUCAGUAAUCAUGUAUGUUUUUAUGGUUUGUUCCAAAGUGAUACUUGAUAGUUCAGACUAUAUAUAGAGAGAGAGAGAGCUGUCCUUGCAAGUGUUGCAUGUUGUAAGGCUAAUGUGCAGCAUACAAAUAAAAAUACGCACAAAUACUCAUAAAUACAUAAAAUGUAUAGACUGAGAAAGAGAUAUUGUAUCACUUUCUUUUUAAUAUGUUUAUGUAUAUACAUGCAUACAUAGAUAUAUAAGUAAAAAGAAAACAAUAAAACAUUUCUGCAGUGA